GGGACUUCAAUCGAAAAGAACUUCAAGAAAACAUUUCAGGUACUGAAGUUUUCAUUGAAAGAACAACUGUAGAUAAGCGAAAGAAGGUCAAUCUAGCAGAAAGUCAAGAGGAUUCAAGUGACAAACUGAACUCAAAGGAAAUAUUUCCAUUGAAGCAA